GCAGGCUGGGAGCGGCUCCUGGUGCCGCGCGGGGCGCUCUGUGGCCCGGGGCCCCACGUCACUCGCGACCCGCCCCUCUCCCUGGAGGCGGGAGCGACGCCGGCGGCCCAGGGUUUUUUUUAUGUCAAGAAAGUCUUCUGAGAUCCUCAGUGUAACACUUCAAUCAAUAAUUCAAAUUCACCAGGUACUUUCUAAGCCCACAAUCACUAGUGAUGAUCUCUUGGGUUUCAAGGCUGCUUCCUAAGAAUGCCUGUUACUUUGCCACCUCAUCAAAGAACCAGAGAGUUGAAGAUUGGCGGCGGCGGCAGGAGGCCUAUGGGUACUUCUUACCCAUCCAGACAAGAUGGCAAGAUAACGACCAGUAUGGCCACGUGAACAAUGUUGUGUACUACAGCUACUUCGACACCAUUAUCAACCACUAUCUGAUCAGGUACUGUGGCCUGAAGACCUGCCUGCAGACGUCGCCCCUGGUGGGGUUCAUGGUGACCAAUCAGUGCAGCUAUCACACGCCCAUCAGCUUUCCGCAGGUCCCGGUGGCGGCCUUGGCUGUGGAGAAGGUGGGUCACUCCAGUGUGAGUUACAGACUUGCCCUGUUUCCGCCCAAGGCCACUCAGGAGCCACCUGCAGUAGGUCACCGUGACCUCAGCGAUGGCUUUUUCUUCGGCCAUCCCAAGUUGGCAGAGUUUGAUGCCUUGGCCUGCACCACCGGCUCUUCAGUCCAUGUCUUUGUGACUCCAGCCACCAGCAAGCCAGCGGGCCUUCCGGAAGACUUGAGGACGGGCCUCCGGAAGCUGCUCAUCCCAGCAGCAGCGUGAGACAGGGGCUGUUCAUGUAGUGAAAUAAAGUUCACAUUGCUCU